AUGUCUCAUGGACACCGGGAAAAACGGGAUCAAGCAGCUCGAGGAAAAACAAGGCAUCUGUGAUGUUUAUGCGGCGCGAGCGAGUCAACAUUUGCCUUGAAACAAUGAAGCAGCAACAUAGUCGCAGGUGAUGUUCCUUCAUAUGACAUAACCCCUUUGUCAGUGAUGGAGGUGUCCAGCCUGCCUGCGGAGCUGUGGCGCCUUAUCCUGGCCUAUCUACCACUGGCUGACUUGGGUCGUUGUUGCCUGGUAUGCCAUGCAUGGCGGGAACUCGUGCUGAGCCUGGAUAGCACACGCUGGCGUCAGCUUUGUCUGGGCCUCCCAGAGUGGCGGCAUCCAAAUUGGCCACGCCGACCUCACCUGGCACCGCCAUCCUGGCGUGAGGCACUGCGCCAGCAAGCCCUGGCCAGUCGCACGUGGACGCAGAAUGGAUCCGAACUCCACUCGUCUACCUGCCUGCACCUGUUCCGGCGUAGGAAGGACAGGAAAGUGUGGCAUGUUGGCUCUGUGCCCGGGCAUGGCUAUGAGACACUGAGAGGAGCACUGGCAACUGCUGGGCCAUACGAUCGCUUGCUGCUCCACCCAGGUAUCUAUGAAGAACAAGCAGAAGUGACUCUAAAAGUGCCUGUUGAGAUUGUAGGUAUGGGCAAGCUUGGUGACGUGGCUUUGCUGGUGAGCUUCGACCAGCAGUGCCCGACUGCUAGGCUGUGUAAUUUGGUUUUGAUGCCAGCCUGGUUUUCACCAGUGGUGUAUAAGACAUCUUCAGGUCAUGUCCAGUUGGACAACUGCAACUUUGAGGGCUGUCAGUUGCAUGUCAGAGGACCGGGAACCUGCCAAGCCCGCUUCUGUUCAUUCGCCCAGGGAAGCUCUGCUCACUUUCUAGGUGUGGCCAUCAGCCUAAUGGACAGCUGUGAGUUUUCCGGUGGUGACUCUGCCUCGGUUACUGUGGAAGGCCCACCGGUUUCAGAGCGCAACUGGGCUUGUAAACACCUGGCUGCUUUGGCUAAAAUGUUAACCGUCUCAACUGUGAGGGGCUCGGAUACAAAAGACAACCUGGAUGGAGUCAGUCCCAUAGGUUCUGCCCUAGAGGACUGGACUAAACAAGACAUGGACUGGGAAACUGGCUGGACCAAAUUGAAACCUGUUAAUGGAGGUCUGCUGUCUGGUCAGGAGGGCACGAUGAUCGAGGACGACAGCAUGGACACAUCGAGCGAAUCUGGUGAGGAGGAAAAAGUAGAAAAUGGAAAUAGCAUGGGUUAUACACUGUCCUACAAGCAGCACGGUCUUGCGCACCUGUCGGAGCCACGGAAGCCGGAUUUCUCUACGUUUCCUGUGCUGUUGAGCCUAUGUGCAGAGCUGCAGAGGGACGCGGAUGCACAGGAGCUGGGAAAUUCGGUACAAGGGUGCAUACUGCAUCACUGCCUGCUGCACGACGGCAAAGGGGGCGUUCAUCUGUGUAACCAUGCCCAGGCCAGACUGGAGUCCAACGUGUUCCGAGGACUCAACUAUGCAGUGCGCUGCAUCCAGUAUGCCAAGAUGGUGAUGUUGCGCAACGAAGUGAGUGGGUGCCGAGCAUCUGGUGUUUUCUUGCGGCUCUCUGCUCAAGGCCUCAUCGCCGAAAACAACAUCCACUCAAACGGAGAAGCAGGACUCGACAUACGCAAAGGAGCCAAUCCCAUCAUCCUGUGUAACAGAAUCCACAGUGGCCUACGUUCCGGGAUCGUCGUCCUGGGCAACGGGAAAGGUUCCAUCCGCAGCAACCAGAUCUACGGCAACAAAGAAGCCGGAGUCUAUAUUCUUUUCAAUGGCAAUCCUGUGGUCAGCGGGAAUCACAUAUUCCAAGGUCUUGCUGCCGGCAUUGCUGUUAAUGAGAAUGGAAGAGGACUGAUUACCGGGAACGUGAUAAGGCAGAAUCAGUGGGGUGGCGCGGACAUCCGUCGAGGAGGUGAUCCGGUCCUGCGUAAUAACUUCAUCUGUCAUGGCUACUCCGACGGAGUGGUGGUAGGGGAGAGAGGAAGGGGUCUCAUUGAGGGCAACCACAUCUACGGCAACAGGGGCUGUGGGGUGUGGGUGAUGUUAUCAAGCCUUCCGCAGUUGAUUGGAAACUACAUAACCCAUAACCGCAUGUACGGGCUGGCCGUGUUUUGCCGGAAGGACCCGGCAUUUUCAGCAGGCAGUGAGCGAGGAGGAGGAGGAGAGCGGGAGAGAGGAGGCCAGGAGAACUUUCAUGAAGAAGGUGAACUUUUAGCAUGGGAGAGCGACAUGGACAGUGAAGACGAGCGAUUCUCAACCCGUCGCCCAAUCACUGUUGCUUUAGUGGAGAAUAACUGUAUAAGCCAAAAUGGAGCGGUGGGCGUGUACGUGAAAAGCAGCGAGGCGCUGAACGUGGUGGGUAACAUGGUGGCCAGCAAUCGGGCGGCUGGCGUGGCCAUCGUUCAGAGUGCGCAACUGACACGACUUGUCAGCAACUGCAUCCUUGGUAAUGGCAGGGCCGGAAUCACGGUAGACCGGGAAUGUCGAGUGGAGCUCCGAGGCAAUGGCAUUUACGGUAACAGUUACCAUGGUGUGUGCUUCCGUGGUGACGGGCAGAUCAUGGAAAAUGACGUGGCCGGGAACGGGGCAGUCGGGAUACGGCUGAUAGAAAGUGCAGAUGUGAAAGUUCUGAGGAAUCGUGUGCAGUCUUUGCGUGGUUGUGCCAUCUCUGUAAGAGAGAGGGUUCGAGGUGUGAUCCAGGAAAACCUGGUGUACCAGGGCUACCCUGAUAACAAUAAACCGCACAUAUACACCGACCCUCUCAACCAAGAGUGUGUCGUGCUCAGCAACACUCUGCUCACACACAGACCAAACACAAGCUGGGCUUUGGAAAACCCGCCCCCUCGUCCUGUCGGCAGCAAUCCGCCGAGCUCCGCCCCUUCGUCGCGCCCUGCCCAGCUCGCCAUCAGCAUGACGAGCCGGAUCACUGCCACUGUAGAGAGCGGCUGCCAUAACAACGGCAGCAUCUUCUGUUGCAUUCUAUGAGGUCACUUUUUGCACUUAUUUACUGGGAAUAAAAGCACUUUUAUUAGGACGUAGCCUAAAUAGUUUUAUCUUACUAAUCGCCACGGGUGAAAAUGACUUGGAUAUGUGUGUGGCCUUCUGGGAAAACCCAUUGGAUGUAAAACCUUGCAAUGUAUCACAACAAAUGUCAUGCUUCAAUCACAUUUUCUGAUAGCUAGGUGCGGUAGUUAAACGGAUAUUACUCCAUGAUUUAGUUUGUAAUCAAAUGAAGGGUUUUCCCAGGCUACCAGCUAUGUUUAAAAGAUGCUGUUCCGUCACUGUAGUGUUCUGAUUUGUUAAUCUCAAAAGUGACACGCCGGAUAGAUUGUUCUUAAGGAUCAGAAAAGGACUUUAGUUAAAGAAAUGGCUUUGGAGUUACUGUAAGAAGGAUGUGAUACCCAGGUACAAUGAAUUCGGAUGUUUUACAGAUGACCUUGCUGAAAUGUCCGAUUCCCUCUCGCUGGUACAGAAAUUAUUAUUAUUAUUAUUUUUUUAUUAUAUAAAUUAUAAGAAUUAUUUGAAAACUAAAAGCAUGGCAGUAGGAUAGGUUCGUGAUUUUUAGUCACCAUGGACACAUGCAUAUAGUUGCUAGUUAGUCAUGCGUUGAAUACAAAAAUAUAUUCUUUCCAGGUACUAAACAUAGAACAAGCGACAACGUACAGCACAUGGUGUCUUCCCGUCCGUCCCGAGUGACAAACUGGGCCCAGAAUAGUUGAUAAACAGGUGAGAUGCGCUGUGGGAUUUGGAGUCUUGCAGCAGCUCUUUUGCCUGAGCAAAACUGAUGGAACUUCGGCAUAACAGGCUACACCACAGCGUGAGGUGAUGUUAUUCAGCCACAGCAUGGCCCUUUGAGGUUUAUGAUGCUGUGCACAUUUCUGAGAUUUUUUUUUUCCCCCCCUCCUUCUCUUGCAACCUGGCAACCGCUCAAUAAAUAAGUGGUAGGGAAGUCAUAGCUCAGUGCUUAGAGGUGUCUUUUGGAUCGUAUCCUGCCUCAAUGCUAAACCACUCUAUACACUCUUCUGCCAAACGUACGAAUGCAAACGUACCUUAGUAGACAAUCUCUGUAUUAAAACUCAUUUUUUAUCUCCUUGGUUUGAAAUGUAACAGAAUCGACCCUUCAAACUUCUCAACGUUUUCUGUAUUAAUUUACCAUUGUAAAAAAAGAAACCUUUUUUUUCCCGCUCUUUAUCUUAAAUAGUGCAAUAUGUGAUGUCAAAUGUGCCUAUUUUUACUGUAUGCCUUUAUUUUUUAUACAUGUUGUACAGCCCAAAUGAUAAAUCCUUACGGUUAAUCCUUUCGGAUGUGCCUGGUUUCACUUGUGUGACAUUAAACAAGGUGCAAAGGUUUUAAAAAAGUCCAUCAAAAAUGUAAUAAAUUUCUUUCUGAUUUCUA